GUAUCGCCUGGUCUAAUCAGUAGAGUCGCCACGGCCGACCAAAAUUUUAACAAGGAAAUGGAGCUGGCCCCUCGUGUAAGCCCCGAGUUCGAGCUGACACUGGACAACAAACCGGCUAUUCGUGCCAUAGAGAACAUGAGUUUUUUCCAGAUGAAAGCUCCGGGACAUCCGGUGAUUAUCCCCGAAGAUUGUUCCUGUGAGAACAACAGUGUGACGAUUGCUUGGGCUCCGCAGAUGGGUAGUGUGGUGGAAGCAUAUACGCUGGAGUUGGACGAUGGACACGGAGGAGACUUUAGGGUGGUCUACGUCGGCCGUGAAGUCCUCUGCACUGUAGACGGUCUCCACUUCAACAGUAUCUACAACGCCCGUGUCAAGGCCCAUAACCACGCUGGCGAGAGCGGCUACAGUGACAUUAUCUCCCUGCAGACCGCAGAAGGUCGGGAUGUUCGUGACCUGUCCAGCUUCGAUUGGUACGAGCUUGGGGGCAUACUCGAGCGACUUUCUAAAGUAUGA